UCAUUCAUGGUUGUCUUUGGGGUCUGUUCUGCAAUUUUUUUUUGUCUUGUGAUUUUUACCCAUAUUUCACAAAUUUUUAAAUAAAUUAAUGCGUUUAGGAAUAUUAAAUAGAGAUAACACCAUCGAAAUAAUAUUAUAGGGAUUUGGUGUACUUUUCAUGUGGUUAUGCGUGACAUAAUCCCUAUGAGGCAUCAAAAAGUAAUGUGAUUUUAUGUUCUAUUUUGUGGGAGCUGCAUCUAUUUUGGACUCGAGCUUCUUUUAAUAAGGCACACAAAUGCUAAAGCAGCCAUGAGCUGGCUGCGUAACACUUCGCUGUCGUUCGCGAGACAGCUGUCCAGGAGCCUGGACCCCCGGCACGACUACGAGCCUCAGGCGUGCUAUAAUUCCUUUUGCAAGCAUUGGCAGCAAGCCAAUGAAAUCAUUAAUAAGUCACAGCCUCAACAUCUACACGAUGACGUGUUAGGAGUAGUAAACCACCUUGAGCAGCUGGCAACACUACUCGUCCUUGAAGCGAGGGCGCAGGAAAUCAACACCCUUACCAACCAAGCAACGUGCCUUGAGCACCUCCUAAGCGAAAACUUAUUGGAUAAGCUGUACGAGUGGGCGAUAUGUACUGGCAAAUAUGAAAAUGCGGUCCGGCUCGAGCAACUCAAAUUGUUUGGAACGCUCGUCAGCCAUUACAGUUCACAGGUGAUAGCCGCGGAACCAUUUCUAAGACCGCUCCUCAAAUUGCUUAGCGGCUUCAGAAAUGAACUCCCACCGGAGAAUUUGGAAAGUCAACUAGUGACAGUGCUGAAUCAGCUGUGCGUCGCUUUGAUUCAGAAUAUAAAGUUCAUUGACCUUUUUUUCCUGACGACGCACACGCAUAAAGGAUCGCAGUCUGAAUUCAUAAUCGUCCGUCUCCUUCUAACGUCUGUACACCGGGAGGGUAGCACGGGGUCGGCGGCUCGCGACGCUCUGCUGCUCUGCGCCAAUAUGUCCUCCAGGUGUACUCAGCUCGCUGACUACAUGAUGUCUGGGAACACGUGUCCGGUACUUGCAACGGGUUUAAGCGGGUUAUACUCGCUGUUGCCGAGAACAUUGAGUGACAAAAUCCAUAGAUUGACGCCAGACGACGUGAAUCAAGUUCACAAGUUGACGCUCUUCAUUGAUUCUCUAGAGUUCUGCAAUGCUGUUGCUCAGGUAGCGCAUCCGUCCAUAAAGAAGCACCUAUUAGACUUGCUGUAUCAAGGUUUCUUAGUGCCUGUAUUGGGCCCUGCGCUACUGCAGACAAAACCGGGGCCGUUGCAGAGUGGCGCUGGCGAGCAAGCGGCGGCGAUGGCGUACCUAGAGUUGGUCCUUCGGUGCGUCACUCGACGAGGAUUGUUAAGGGCCGUACUGCAUUUCCUCUUCACGUAUGAGUACGACGGCGUGAGAGUUAUAGAUAUAUUGUUGAGGAGACUCGAUGGGAACUCGCAGCUAUCACUCGUCUCCUUAUCUUUAAUGGAAACACUGAUCAACCUCAAUUGCGAAGACGUGAUGAUCGAGCUAAUAUACAAACACAUACUCAACGGCCACCAUGUUAUGACGUCACACAAACACAAAAUAUCGAACCCAGAACCGUACAGAGAGGCAGCCGUUGCUUUUUUGAGCCUCACGCCAAGAUGUUGUCAAAGAUCGUUGGAGAAGACUAAGAGUUGGGUAGAUGAUUUAGCAUUGAGCGGUAGAAGAGUGUUGGAGUUCAAAAGAGAAGAUGAAUCGAGAAGGAUAAACGGGUAUAAUGAGGAUAUUAUAAUGAGUAAUCUAGUCCAGGAAGUUAAGUUUAAUUAUGGGAAUCCCAACGAAUCCCUAAUAGGGAACUACCACGCGUACCUAUGCGAUGCGCGUUUCGAAAUCGUAUCGCGAACCAUUGCGUGUUUAGAAUGGACGUCUAAAUACGACUCCAUACCGUCGCCGAAACGAGAAGCGAACAACAACAGAGAGCGGGACGCUGAUACCCAAGUGAAAGAGAUGGAUAGUCUCGUAUCUUGCACCAGUGGAUACGAUACGCUAAAAACAAGUGAUACGUCAGAGAAAGAACAGCACAGUUUAACUUCUCUAAGCGAACACGUCGAAGUGAAAAACGAUAAUGACAAUACUAGCAAUAAAUCAGUUAGUUUUGAAGAGAAACACAGUGACACUUCAGUGAAAAAUGAUAAUGUUAGUGAAACGUCGUUAGGUGAAAGUGAUUAUGAAAGCUUUAGGUUUAAAGAGUUCGAAGAUGAAGGAUUCGCUGAAGAAUCAUUUAUGAAGAGUAUUGAGGAUGAGAAAGUGCAGGAGUUUGAGAGUGAAGUGCCUUUAGCGAGGAAUUGGAGGGCCAGUGCUGAAUCAAUCAUCGGCCCACUCCUCAGUUGCCUGCUGAAGAAAUCGUCCAUGUUGCUGGAAUCAGAAGUUCGCGUUAAUUGUCUAGUGACGAGCGUGGUUUGCAAACUGGCCUCUUUGCCGACACCCUUGCUGACGUCACUGUUGCUAUGCCCUGCGUUUGUCUUGCAGCCGAAUGUGCCUUCUCUAUUCCAAAUCCUCAACAAAUUGAAGGAAGAAGUGGACGAGCUCACUAGUUCGAUAGACAAUAUCAAUGAGCUGGUAGAUAAGGCUAGAGUUUUCCUCAUCCAACGAGAGAUGGCGCUGGUCAAGUCGAGGGUACCCGCAAGUGAUGAAAGUCACACCCACACUGAGACAGCUCUGGCGAAGCCCGAGGACUCCCCGUUCCGUCGCAUGGAGUCCAAACGGCGCAGUUUGUCAACAAGUCUAUCUAAUAUGUUUGGAAGGCGUUCUUCAUGUUCAUCACAACACAGUCCGCACAGUGCAACAACAUACCACGCUAGUCCACAAAAACGGCUUAUAUUCACGCAAGAAGAUUACUGGAACCAAUCUAUCACACUCCGGUCAGUACUAAAUGCUGUAAUUUUAGACGAAUGGGCUAAAGAAUUAGCGGCAUUGUGCGAAGAACACGCUUUAAGAUUAUCAGCAAAUAAUGAAGAUGAUUCGUAUAUAAGGUCGGUGGCAUUAUGACUGCGCGCCAACGCCGCUGGCGGAUUUAAAAAAAAAACAGCGAAAGAAAUUAACACUGGCACAUAAAAUUGAUAUUUGAACACGGAAGUGUAAACAUUCUGGAAAACGUUAUUCGAACAAAAGGAAUAAAUUGCCGCAAAUUACCAUAUUUUCAUUUCUUUAAUAUUAGGGCCAAUCAAAAAGAGACAGAGCGGUACGGAAAUUUUUGAGGAUAACUUCUCAUCUAAGAGUUGCGUCAAUGUUUUCCAUUUUGUUCAUCCUUUAAUGGAUUCAAAUUUCAGCUGAUUCGAAAUCCGGCCAAAAAUGAUUAUGUUAAUAAAAGUAUUGUAGUGCAAUUUAAAGAGCGAUGUGAAAGCUUUUAGUGUAAGUUACUUGCCUUCGUAAACUUUUACAGAACAAUUAUAAUGUAUAUAUAAAAUAAUAUAUUUAAGAUUUUCGAAUUAGUAAAUAAUUGUAAUCUUAAACAAAUAUUUUAUCGGAUUUUGUGAUUUCCUUUCUUUUUUCUUGUAAACAUUCUCUUCUCAACAUCAAAUGGUUGUGCCACUCUCCGAAUUGAUUAAUUUGCUCAACUGCUUUUAUAUAAUGUGUUUA